AUGGCGAAGGCUGACGGAGAUGACGACUGGUGGUACCCGAGUCGUCAGGUGCCGAAGCCGCAGAACCCUGAGUGUGACAGCGCUGUAGACUUACUCAAGAGCAUGGUGGAUGCCGACCGGCACUUCGAGAUUGUACUCGGAGCAGUCUUGUUCAUUGCUGUCUUGGGCGCUUUGGGUUCGAGCUGCUUCCUUAUCGGUGGCAAGGUGAAGCCACGACCGCCCGGUUACUGGACGAGCAGGAGUUGGAACCCUUUUCACGACGACUUUCGAGCAGAGGUAGACGUCACCAUGGAGCUACGUGACACAGUGCAACAGCUCUUCGACAUGACCACUCGGAAGGAGGCUAUGGGCAUCGGACGCGAUGGCUCCUGGGCCACCCACAAAUCCUUUCGUGUCCUGCAGGUGACACGUGUGGAGAACGGCAAGCUGUGGACGGACUAUGUGCGCUUUCGGCGCAACAUCAGCCGGACGCAGGCCACUAUGAGGCGAAUGGAAAAGGAAGGCGCUCCUUGUCGCGCCGAGCUGAAGCGCACGCAGGAGGCGCUGCAGGCGAGGAGAAGGCAUUCAGCAGUGAGUGUUUUCUUGGGGCUCACCGAGUUCGGAGUAAGGGUGGUUUGGGAAUGGAGACCGCGUCCGUACAAGACGAACCAAUCACUGGAGCAGCUCAGGCGGCCGCCUUGCGUGCAAGGCCACUUCGACCUGAACUUGUUCUGGAACGACGAGGUUCACAUCGGUCGACCGUGGCGGGAGAAAGGGGUCCGGAGCUCAUGGCCGAUCGGCUUUACUUGUGCCGCUGUGCAUUUGCAGCCAUGA